AUGGGUAUCGAAUUUGAUGUGAUUCGAGGGCGUGGGCCCAUUGUUCUGGGCGACCUCGCAAGAACAUUGAAGGACCGGCUAGAAGACGGACCUAAUCAAAUUAGGGCUGUGGAGAGCAGCGAGGCCUUUCUAAAGAGCCAUGCGUUUGUGCAAGAGACCUUGCAGGUUUUGCGAUCCGAGACGGAGGGUAAGUGCAGCUUGCUGGGCUUUGUGGGCGCGCCAUGGACCCUCGCAGCCUAUGCCGUUGAGGCGGGGAGCACAAAGGAGGCGGCGCUCUUCAAAAAGUGGAUGUUCAGCAAGCCAGAGGUGGUGGACGAGUUCUUGCAUCGCAUGACUGUCACCAUCAGCAACUAUGCUAUUUAUCAGGUGGAGAGUGGGGCUCAGUGCAUCCAGAUCUUUGAGUCUUGGGCUCAUUGCCUGACUCCAGAGCUCUGGAAACGCUUUGCCGCGCCCUGUGCCGUAAAGGUGGUGCAAACCUUACGGAAGGCUUGUCCUGACGUCCCAAUCAUUUACUUUGCGAACGGUGGCUCUCCGUACUUCUCGGACCAGGUUAAGAUGCUCGCUGGACACAUAGAUGUCAUCGGCGUUGAUGCGCACAUGCGAAUGAAAGAUGCUGCAGAGGUCGUGGAGACGCACAAUCACGCAGGACCUGAACGCCGGCUGGUUCUCCAGGGCAAUGUGGACCCAUUCCUCCUGAGAUAUGGAGAGGAGGAUCACAUUCGCAAGGCCGUUCGAGCAGUCAUUGAUGAAGCUGGAGGUCCUGGAAGGCACAUUUUGAACCUUGGCCAUGGUGUGCUACAAGGAACGCCAGAGGAAAACGUUCUGUACUUUGUGGAUGAAGCCCAAAGCUAUGCUGGCUCCUCCAAGUGA